GAGCAAACGAGAGCUCUCUCACAUCGUCUGCUUGAGUAAGGGGAAGCAACCCACAACGUCUGCUGUGACAGAAAUAUUCAUUCACGCUCUCGCGUCUGUCUGAGGUCUAAAUUGAAGGGUGUGACGACAAAACAGAGCUCAACUGUUCUACGUCGUAUCAACUAUAUUUCACUUCGAUUUUCUUGAUUGUCGUCGAUUUUAGUACACUAAAAUUGUACUGACAAUUCAAGUCAAGACGAAUUUAUCGAUAUCCAACAAAUGGUUUGUGAUGAUGCAAGAUCGGGAAUUUCGUAAGACGAAAAUCUAACUAUUGUAGCAUUGAUUUGUGUUGUGAAUUUCACGAUGGCUUGUGCACACCGGCAUUCGAGUUAUGGAUUUACUGAGGCGCUGCGCUCCCGGGGGUUCGGGUAGUGUACAAGACGUGCGUGUUUCGCUUACUGUUGUGGAUCUUACUCUACGCGCUACAAAUUUGUUGGUAAAGGCUUAGCGUCUUUCGGCCAUAACCACUUAGCUACGGUCACGUCAUCGAGGAUUGGCGGAAAUUGCCGAAAGACUGAGACGGCACGCGUCAUCCAACAGACAGUCGAGAGGUUCGUGGACAGUACAGGAAGUUGUACACUCUUGCACACAAGUGCAAGGAAUGUAAUGGUGACGUUCCUAGAGGACAAGACACUUUAUGAGGGGCACAGAAGACACCGAGCGGUAUUUGAUAUACAAUCCGGCCUCUGCUAACUUAGUAUUCUGCUAACCGCAGAGCAGUGUGAAUCAACCAAUACGAAUUUUAAUCUUGAGCAGAUAUUCAUUUCAGCUCUUUCUACAGAGAUAAAAGUGAAUUAAUUAUAUCUACAAGGAAAAAAAGAGAUAAUAAAAAGAUAGAAUUCAACAAAUAUAAAGUUCAUACCAUCGCGCCGGAGUUAUUUUCUUGUUUGGCGGAUUUCAAAGCUUGUGUCUCUAUUGCUCUGAAAUACAUUUCUCCUGCCAAGAACAGAUAGCCUUCAAGAUUGUGGACAAAGAACUUGGUAAUUGAGUGCACGUCAAGGCAGAAUCUUCGGAGUGAAUUACGUUGUCUUUCAAGCUCGAUACCAACGUAGAAACACACAGUCCAAAGUCAGCUAUUCGCGCGUGCUUUAUCCGCCUGUGGAGUAAAUGAAAUGAGUUCUCAUGUUCUGUUUGGAUUAAUGGUGCUCAGUGUGUGUGGAUCGAUACCAG